UCGGUGUCAAUUGUGUUUUCACAUGUAUCAAUUGUGUUUUGACAUACCUGACGGUAGUGGGAAAGGAGAAUAACUUGCACUGAUGUUCAGAAUUAGUAGUAAUAAUGGCGAACAAAAGUAUCUCUUUGCUUUCACAUUUCAGCUCUUUUACUCCACAGCUCCAGCUAGUUCCCGUGCCAAUGUCUUGGUGGACUUUAUGGUGAACUCACUUGGCUUCUCAACAGAAGAAGCCAUUUCUACCAGCUCCAAGGUAUCUUGUUCAAGACUCAGAAACUAUGAGCCCCAUUUGUUACUUGAUGUCUUUGACCAAAUGGGUACUAACAAAUUACAGAUCAAAACCCUCAUUUCUUCUUCCCCUAAAUUGUUGAUUUGUCGUGUUGACAAAAACCUUCAACCCAAAAUUAAGGUUUUACAACAACUUGGCUUAUCUGGCUCUGACCUUGUUACAUUAAUCAAGAAAAAUUUCGAAAUACCAGAGAACUGGAUGAAGGUCUUUAGUUUGUCUUAUUUUGGCGCAACUAGAGCUGUAAUGAUUGUCUCAUGUUGGAAACUCAUAUAGAUAACAGCUUUUUAAAAAGAAUCCCACUGGCCAAUCCGCACUUUGUUUUUGAAAUACAGCAGCACCAAGAGAAAACAGUCUACAAAGAAAAGAAAUGUUGCUUAAAAUAAACUGCAAGAAGCCUUCUGUUUAGGUCUUGGCCAAAUUACUUGGUGUUGCUCUCCUUGAAAUCACAUUUGUAAGAAAACUCGGCCUUGGAUUCUGUCUAGCUGUCUGUGGAAAUUGGCUGGACUCUUGGAGUGAGAACGCCUGAGGAUUCCUCAAGUUGAACAACGAUUAAAAAUAAUGUAUCCAAUAGUAUCUUUGGGAUGAGUUGCUUUUCUAUCCUUGUCCGUUCUUUGUCAUUUGAAGCAUAUGAAAUUGGUUACAUAGAAAACACACUUCCAUGUGUUUAUACGCUGUGUUUUUUUUUUUUAGGAAAGACAAGUGUAUGCAGUAUAUGUGCUCUUACCUUUUGGUUUUAAAUUCUUCCAACUCUUGUAUGACUUAUUUGUUUUGCAUACCAAAACAAUUGAACAUGGUUACUUCCAGUAACCAGAUGGAUUCAGUCUUAGGAGCUCCAUCAUUUUUUACUUUCAUGGCACUUAAGAUUGUGGGUGUUUUCUUA